UAUUUUCUACAUCGCCUGCUAAGCUUUACGUGGCGGGCUUCUCGAGGAAAAUGCCUUCUCCGGAUAAAUACAGCUUAGCACGACGACACGACCGUUUUCUCUCCACCGAACACGCGUUGACCGGUUCUGUUUCUUAUUACAUCUGAAAUAAUUUAUUAUCUGAUUUUCUUUUUAAUAAAUAAAUUAAAAUCAUUCCCUUUGGUCAUAAUUGAGACCAAUCUAAUUAAUCACAUACCUGCCCUGUCGUUGACUUAUCAAAAAAGAGACACAUAUCAAUCUAAAGUCCCCGAGAGAGAAAGAAACACAAUGUUGUUCAUCGAAACCAAAGCUUGACCGAGUUCAAAAUGAGCCGUAGCGACGACGGAAACAAGCCUUUUCCGGCACCAGGGAAGAAGCUAGGCGACGAGCAGUUAUCAGAGCUCCGAGAGAUAUUCCGAUCAUUCGACCAGAACCAGGACGGGAGUCUGACGGAGCUAGAGCUAGCCGCGCUCCUCAGAUCUCUCGGUCUGAAGCCGAGCCAAGACCAGCUCGACACUCUCAUCCACAAAGCGGAUCGGAACAACAACGGCAUCAUCGAGUUCUCCGAGUUCGUCGCCCUCGUCGAGCCGGAUCUCGUCAGGUGUCCCUACACGGAGGACCAGCUCAAAGCCAUCUUCAAGAUGUUCGACCGCGACGGGAACGGCUACAUAACUGCGGCGGAGCUGGCGCACUCGAUGGCGAAGUUAGGACACGCUUUGACGGCGGAGGAGUUGACGGGGAUGAUCAGGGAAGCGGAUCGUGACGGUGACGGUUGUAUCGAUUUCCAAGAGUUCGUUCAGGCGAUUACUUCUGCAGCGUUUGAUAAUGCUUGGGGAUGAAGAAAGGUUUAAUAAUUUGGAUUUUUUUUUUGAGAUUGUUUCUUUUGUUUCUAGAAGAUUCGUUUGAUCAUCUUCUUCUUGCAUAUUCUGAUUUCAAUGUGUUUGUGUAGUAGUUUGUGAAGUACUGUUUCAUAUCUUCUCUGAUGAAACUUUGAUAGCUUGAACAGAAAGCUACAUCAUUUUAGGGCAAAAUACUAUUUAUUAGCUUU